AUGAGCUGCCAACUGGCUCUGGCAUGGGCCCUCCUGGUUGGGCCUUGGGCUUCCGUGGUGUCUCAGAACUCCAUUUCGUGGGAGGUGCAGCGAUUUGAUGGAUGGUACAACAACCUGGUGGAGCACAGAUGGGGCAGCAAAGGCUCUAGGCUGCAGCGCCUGGUUCCAGCCAGCUAUGCAGAUGGCGUGUACCAGCCCUUGGGAGAACCCCACCUUCCCAACCCCCGAGCCAUCAGCAACACUGCCAUGAGGGGCCCUGCUGGGCAGGCCUCACUACAAAACCGCACAGUGCUGGGGGUCUUCUUUGGUUACCACGUGCUCUCGGACCUGGUGAGCGUGGAGAGGCCCGGCUGCCCCGCCGAAUUCCUCAACAUCCGCAUCCCGCGCGGGGACCCCGUGUUCGACCCCGACCAGCGCGGGGACGUGGUGCUGCCCUUCCAGAGGAGCCGCUGGGACCCCGAGACCGGACGGAGCCCCAGCAACCCCCGCGACCUGACCAACCAGGUGACGGGCUGGCUGGACGGCAGCGCCAUCUACGGCUCCUCGCACUCCCGGAGCGACGCGCUGCGGAGCUUCUCCGGGGGGCAGCUGGCGUCGGGGCCCGACCCCGCCUUCCCCCGGGACGCACAGGACUCGCGGCUCAUGUGGGUCGCGCCCGACCCCGCCACGGGCCAGCGCGGGCCCCGGGGGCUGUACGACUUCGGGGCGGAGCGCGGAAACCGCGAGCCCUUCCUGCAGGCGCUGGGGCUGCUGUGGUUCCGCUACCACAACCUGUGGGCGCAGAGGCUGGCCCGCGAGCACCCGCGCUGGGGGGACGAGGAGCUGUUCCAGCACGCGCGCAAGAGGGUCAUCGCCACCUACCAGAACAUUGCUCUGUAUGAAUGGCUGCCCAGCUUCCUGCAGAACACGCCCCCAGAGUAUGCAGGGUACCGGCCAUUCCUGGACCCCAGCAUCUCCCCGGAGUUCCUGGUGGCCUCUGAGCAAUUCUUCUCCACCAUGGUGCCCCCUGGAGUCUACAUGAGAAAUGCCAGCUGCCACUUCCAGGGGGUCAUCAAUCGGAACUCAAGUGUCUCCAGAGCUCUCCGAGUCUGCAACAGCUACUGGAGCCGAGAGCAUCCAAACCUGCAAAGUGCUGAGGACGUGGCUGCACUGCUGCUGGGCAUGGCCUCCCAGAUCGCCGAGCGAGAGGACCAUGUGGUGGUCGAGGACCUGCGAGAUUUCUGGCCAGGACCACUGAAGUCUUCCCGCACAGACUACCUCGCCAGCUGCCUGCAGCGAGGCCGGGAUCUGGGCCUGCCCUCUUACACCAAGGCCAGGGCAGCUCUGGGCCUGCCUUCCAUUACCCGGUGGCAGGACAUCAACCCUGCACUCUCCCAGAGUGAUAACGUGGUGCUGGAGGCCACAGCUGCCCUGUACAGCCAGGACCUGUCCAGGUUGGAGCUGCUCCCAGGGGGGCUCCUGGAGAGCCAUGGGGACCCAGGGCCCCUGUUCAGUACCAUUGUCCUCGACCAGUUCGUGCGACUGCGGGAUGGUGACCGCUACUGGUUUGAGAACACGAGGAACGGGCUCUUCUCUGAGGAAGAGAUUGAAGAGAUCAGAAAUACUUCCCUACGGGAUGUUCUAGUGGCCAUCACCGACGUGAACCCCAGCAGCCUGCAGCCCAACGUCUUUGUCUGGCAUGCAGGAGAUCCCUGCCCACAGCCAAGACAGCUCAGCACCGAGGGCCUGCCCACCUGUGUUCCACCUGUCGUUCGGGACUAUUUUGAGGGCAGUGGCUUUGGCUUUGGAGUUGUCAUUGGGACCCUCUGCUGCUUCCCACUGGUCAGCCUGCUUAGCGCUUGGAUUGUCGCCCAGCUCCGGAGGAGAAGUUUCAAGAGGCUCCAGGGCCAGGACCGUCAGAGUAUCAUGUCUGAGAAGCUCAUAGGCGGUGUGGAAGUGUUGGAAUGGCAGGGCCACAAGGAGCCCUGCCGGCCCGUGCUCCUGCAACUGCAGCCGGGUCAGAUCCGUGUGGUAGACGGCGGGCUCUCUGUGCUCCGCACCGUUCAGCUGCAGCCUUCACAGCAGGUCAACCUCAUCCUGUCCAGCAACCAUGGACGCCGUACUCUGCUGCUUAAGAUCCCCAAGGAGUAUGACCUGGUGCUGCAGUUUAACCUGGAGGAAGAGCGGCAGGUGCUGGUGGAGAGCCUGCGGGCGGCUCUGAAGGAGGGCGGGCUGAGCGUCCAGGAGUGGGAGCUUCGGGAGCAGGAGCUGAUGAAGGCAGCUGUGACACGGGAGCAGCGGAGCCACCUCCUGGAGACCUUCUUCAGGCACCUCUUCUCCCAGGUGCUGGACAUUAACCAGGCAGAUGCAGGGACCCUGCCCCUGGACUCCUCGCAGAAGGUGCGAGAGGCCCUGACGUGCGAGCUGAGCAGGGCUGAGUUUGCCGAGUCUCUCGGCCUCAAGCCCCAGGACAUGUUUGUGGAGUCCAUGUUCUCUCUGGCCGACAAGGAUGGCAAUGGCUACCUGUCCUUCCGGGAGUUCCUGGACAUCCUGGUGGUCUUCAUGAAAGGCUCCCCAGAGGAUAAGUCCCGCCUGAUGUUCACCAUGUAUGACCUUGAUGGGAAUGGCUUCCUCUCCAAGGAUGAGUUCUUCACCAUGAUGCGGUCCUUCAUCGAGAUCUCUAACAACUGCCUGUCCAAGGCCCAGCUGGCCGAGGUGGUGGAGUCCAUGUUCCAGGAGUCGGGUUUCCAGGACAAGGAGGAGCUGACGUGGGAGGACUUCCACUUCAUGCUGAGGGACCAUGACAGCGAGCUCCGUCUCACGCAGCUCUGCGUCAAAGGGGUGGAGGUGCCUGAAGUCAUCAAGGACCUCUGCCGGCGUGCCUCCUACAUCAGCCAGGAGCAGAUCUGUCCCUCUCCCAGAGUGAGUGCCCGCUGUUCCCGCAGCGACCCUGAGGCGGGGCCAACACCACAGAGACUGCCGUGCCCGGUGGAGACAGGCCCUCCCCAGGAGAUUCGCCGGAGGUUUGGCAAGAAGGUAACGUCGUUCCAGCCACUGCUGUUCACCGAGGCGCACCGAGAGAAGUUUCAACGUAGCCGCCGCCACCAGACUGUGCAGCAGUUUAAACGCUUCGUUGAGAACUACCGGCGCCACAUAGGCUGCGUGGCAGUGUUUUACGCCAUCGCUGUGGGGCUUUUCCUGGAGAGGGCCUACUACUACGCUUUUGCCGCCCACCACACGGGCAUCACCGACACCACCCGCGUGGGCAUCAUCCUGUCGCGGGGCACGGCGGCCAGCGUCUCCUUCAUGUUCUCCUACAUCCUGCUCACCAUGUGCCGCAACCUCAUCACCUUCCUGCGGGAGACCUUCCUCAACCACUACGUGCCGUUUGACGCCGCCGUGGACUUCCACCGCCUCAUCGCCUCCACGGCCAUCGUGCUGGCAGUCUUACACAGUGUUGGCCACGUGGUGAAUGUGUACCUGUUCUCCAUCAGCCCCCUCAGUGUCCUGGCCUGCCUCUUCCCUGGCCUCUUCCGUGACGAUGGGUCCGAGUUCCCCCAGAAGUAUUACUGGUGGUUCUUCCAGACUGUGCCAGGCCUGACGGGGGUGCUCCUGCUCCUGGUGCUGGCCGUUAUGUACGUCUUCGCCUCCCACCACUUCCGCCGCCGCAGCUUCCGGGGCUUCUGGCUGACCCACCACCUCUACAUCCUGCUCUACGUCCUGCUCAUCAUCCACGGCAGCUUCGCCCUGAUCCAGAUGCCCCGUUUCCACAUCUUCUUCCUGGUCCCAGCACUCAUCUAUGGGGGCGACAAGCUGGUGAGCCUGAGCCGGAAGAAGGUGGAGAUCAGCGUGGUGAAGGCAGAGCUGCUGCCCUCAGGAGUGACGCAUCUGCGGUUCCAGCGGCCCCAAGGCUUUGAGUACAAGUCAGGGCAGUGGGUGCGGAUUGCCUGCCUGGCUCUGGGCACCACCGAGUACCACCCCUUCACACUCACCUCCGCACCCCAUGAGGACACACUCAGCCUCCACAUUCGGGCAGCGGGGCCCUGGACCACCCGCCUCAGGGAGAUCUACUCACCCCCGACGGGCAACAGCAGUGCCAGAUACCCAAAGCUGUAUCUCGAUGGGCCAUUUGGGGAGGGCCACCAGGAGUGGCAUAAGUUUGAGGUGUCAGUGCUAGUGGGAGGGGGCAUUGGGGUUACCCCAUUUGCCUCCAUCCUCAAAGACCUGGUCUUCAAGUCAUCAGUCAGCUGCCAAGUGUUCUGUAAGAAGAUCUACUUCAUCUGGGUGACGCGGACGCAGCGGCAGUUCGAGUGGCUGGCUGACAUCAUCCGGGAGGUAGAGGAGAAUGACCACCAGGACCUGGUCUCCGUGCACAUCUACAUUACCCAGCUGGCGGAGAAGUUCGACCUCAGGACCACCAUGCUGUACAUCUGUGAGCGGCACUUCCAGAAGGUGCUGAACCGGAGUCUGUUCACGGGUCUGCGCUCCAUCACCCACUUUGGCCGUCCCCCCUUCGAGCCCUUCUUCAACUCCCUGCAGGAGGUCCACCCACAGGUCCAGAAGAUUGGGGUGUUUAGCUGUGGCCCCCCAGGCAUGACCAAGAAUGUGGAAAAGGCCUGUCAGCUCAUCAACAAGCAGGAUCGGACUCAUUUCUCCCAUCAUUACGAGAACUUCUAGGCCCCCUGCCCCGGCCUCUGCUCACGGCCCACUCCGCCCACUGCAGAGAUUUGGGCCCACACCUCACCUCCAUACUUCCUGUUUCUGGCUGCAUCAGCCUUCUUCUCCCCUUCCCAUCUCCCAAACUUGGUCUAAAUGGCUAUGGUCACCAUUUGGGCUCAGAGGCCCCCCAGGCCCAGAAUGUGUCUCAGCCUGGGGAAGUGGGGGGAGGUGGGGAAGAACAAGAGUUUGGGAGGUGAGAGAGCUAUUAUUGCUUUGGGGCAAACUAAAGCCUCUUCUUCCAGGCUAAGAGGAAACAAACUCACAGAAACUCAAAAGGCUGGAGCUGCCAAGUGGUGUGUGUGUAGAGGGCUGUGAGCAUAGGGAUGAAGGAUGAGAGCACAGAUGAUGGCAUCUUAGAGCCCCCACCCCAGACCCUGCCCCUCCUUCGGGCUUCCUGUUUUCAAAAGGGCUGGAAAACACCUUGGAGGAGGUAGAGGCUGGCCCCACAGAGAUGUACAGGAACCUCCUUGGUACCCCAGACUAACGGUACAAUCCACUUUCUCUCCAAAGUUUUGAAACAUGUACAGUAGGCAGACCCUAACCCAGUACCCAUCUGUGUGGUUCUCUCCAGUCCUUCUCGCCCCUCCCCAUUGCUUCUCUCUCCCUGCUCCAAUAGUAUUCUUUACAAAUAAAUCACCCUUCUGCUCUCAGGAUUUCUUUAUUCUGCCCCGGGAUGGGGUAGGCACCAGCAGAGGCCACUCACCCAGCCAGCUCACUGAGGCUGGACCAGACAUUCCCUCCUCGCCUGCUUGCC